UUUGGCACGGCAAACGGCUCGUAGCGAGGAAUAGAAUUGAACGAGAUUUACGCGAACUGACACAAAAAAUGGACACCAAACCUGCACCGAAGAAGCAAAAGAAGGAACAAUUGGAAGUAAAGGUGUUGGACGAAGCACUAACUCCUUCUACUGGACCGUCCAGCGUGCCACAGCGUGGACCAUCACCGCAACCUGGACGGUCAGGGUAUCCCGCAUCUUUUCGUCCAAACAAUGCACCCAAUGUAACGGCAAGGGUAAUCAAGCGGCGUAGGCUAAUAGUCAGUCGUGCCUUCCACGAGAAUCUGAUGGAAACGUUGCGGGCGUUUCAUAGAGCCACAACAGAAAUGCUUAACCGAUUGAAACGACCAACUGACCCAGUAGAUGCUGAGCUGUCGGGGAUGGGCCACGUGAUCCGGAAUUGGUCACCAGAACGUCGCAGACGGUGUUUACUACGGAUGCAAAGAAUAGUUAUCGAGGAAGAAGCAGAUCAUUUUGAAAAAACCUUUGGACGGAAAAUCGGAGAAGUGAAAAAGGUUACCUAGAGCAGUACUUUCGUCGGACCUGAUAUUAUUUCAUUUGAAUUUAAUUGCUUUAUGAAUAAUAUGAAACUUUUGUGAUUUUGAAUGUAAUAGAACUAAACUAAACGAUAUCCUUAAAAUAUAUAUUAAUGAAAUAUAAAAUACUGCAC